AAUCAUACGAUGCACUCGUUCUUGCAUCGUCCUACAGUGAAUCCAUAUAAUACGGCAUAAAUAAAAUACGUUAUUCACAUUAAUAUACGUUGGUCUACGUUCGCUGACAUUGUAUUCAUUGAGGCGUUAAUCUGACACUAGAUCGAGAUUUGGUGAAAUUAUAGAUUGUUGUAUAAAAAUUUUGAAUAUUCAAUCAAUUUUGAUAUCGUAUAUUUUAUUUAAGCUGCCGUUUAUUCUAUAGAUACAAAUAAUGCCACGCGGAAAAUUUGUCAAUCACAAAGGCCGUAAUCGCCACUUUACGAAUCCCGAAGAAUUAGAAGAACAACGUCGCCAGGAGGAAGAAAAACGUCAGUGGAGAAAAAAUAAAGGUAAUGAGUCAUCUAGUGACGAAGAAGUGGAACCUAAAGCACGUGGAAGUAGGAACAAAUUGAAAAAUGUAAGUGCAUCUGAAACAGAUAGUGAAACUGAAUCGGAUUCCGAGUCGGAAACAGAGGGUAAGGCAAAAGGAGUUGAGAAUUUAAUUCAGGUGGAGAACCCAAACAGAGUACAAAAGAAAGCAAAAAAGUUAUCACAACUCAAUCAAUCAUUAGAUUCUGCAAAGCCUGAAUUAUCGCGGAAAGAAAAAGAACAAUUAGAAAGGCAGAGGGCCUAUGCAAAUUAUCAGAAAUUGCAUGCUGCAGGAAAAACUGAUGAAGCUCGAGCAGACUUAGCACGAUUAGCAAUAAUUAAGCAGCAACGAGAAGAGGCUGCAAAACGAAGAGAAGAUGAGAAGAAACAAAAAGAAUUAGCACAACAAAAGAAAACUGAAUUGACACAAAAGGCACUGGGUAAAAGAACCUAGAUUAUUAAAAUCAUUCAAAUUAAGUUACGUUACUAUCUACAUGUUAUAUUGUGCUAAUUUCCUAUACAAUUGAAAUCCUACUUUCAUAUUAUUGAAAAUGGACUAAAUGAAUUUAAAUAAAUAUGUACUCUGAGUA